AUGUCUACCCAAUAUGACUCUGCGGCCACCCUGUUAAACGCGACCUGGGUGGCUGUGCUUUUGAGUGAACGAGACGUCGCCGGUCAAAUUCCACUUAAUUUUGUAACAAAUCCCUCCGUGUCUCUAUCAGCUGCCUGCUUCGGAAAUCGGAUCUAUGACCGAGUGUCCGCUGCGAAAUGCUUUUCCAACCUCCUAGCAAUCGGGUACAGACGGCUGGUUGUCGAUCUAUAUUGGUCGGUUGAUCGUAGGGCCUGGUCUUUCUGCCCGGUGUCUGUUCCGGUUGAUCCUGAUGUGACCAUCUCCUCGGAGACCUCUACUGAGAACAAGGCUUCGCAAACCUCAACGAUUACAGCGAAACCCACAACCACUGGCGCUAGCGCAGACCCUGCAUCUGUUACCAGCGCUAGCGAUUCACAUGGACACACCCUAUAUGAGCUGGGCUCCUAUAGAUGCACCGAUGGCCUUGGUCCUGACACCUUGUCGGAAGUGCUUGUGGGUUAUUUCCGGGACACAAACUCCCAGUUGACCGUGUAUACGACCUAUCUUGUCCUUAAUCUUCAUGUCGCCGCAAGCGAAUCUACGCCAGAUGAGCCCGCUUCUGCCAUAAAAGGGACCCAAAUGCCAUCUGAAACAGAACGCGCUGGCUCAAUUUUCGGAACGGCCCUAGCCGACUUUACCUACAGCCCUGCGCAGCUUGUUUCCGACCGAAGCAAUCUGAAUAGGUCAUGGUAUCAAGUCGAGCAGAGCUAUAUGCCUAUCACAGAGUACUUUACCGUUCAUGAAAAUGAAGCAGGCGAACAGAGUACCCCAGAUGGCUGGCCAUCCUCAAAGUACAUUCAACUUGCGAAACGUGAUCGAGUGCUUGUCGAAUAUGGCUCUAUCGAUUCCCAACUGACGGGUUAUGAUUUUUCCACGGAAAAAAAUAUGGUUUUCCCUCCAGGGCAUCUGGGUUCUAAUCUGAAGCCCUUCACAACAACUAACGGCACUCUCACAUCGGGUUGUCGAUAUGAGCCCAAGGCCACAGAUGUAUCUCAAACCAACUCAUCAUGGGCAAUGUCGAAUGUCAUUCCUGUUCCUGAUGGUCUGUUGACCGAUGAAACUAUGGCCUCUCUGUCCAAUGUCCUCUCUGAAAUAACAGCCUGUGGUCUUUCGCCAACACUCAACACCACCCUCUUCGGUCAGACUGCUGAUGAGCACGUUGAGCACUAUCGCAAUUUCUCCCUCUCGGCUUCUUGGGCUUGGGCUAUUGGUGAGCCACAAGACGCGGAGUAUGCCGGCGGCGACGGUGAUCCUAAGUAUGACCGCUGUGCGAUCAUGGAUCUAACGCUCGAUGGCCACUGGCGGUCCACGAACUGCACCGACGAGCGCCGUGCCGCCUGUCGAAUCGGCAAUUCGCCAUUCUCCUGGGUUCUAUCUGACUCUCCUACAUAUUUCGGCAACGUCUCGGGGACCUGUCCACCUGGAUCAAGUUUUGCAGUCCCGCGCACUGGUCUUGAAAAUACGUACCUCUACAACCAUCUUCUCUCUCUGCCGAAGACAACGAUCGAUCCUGGAUCCACAAAUCCUGUCCAGCGAGAGGUCUAUUUGAAGUUCAAUUCCAUUGAUGUUACUUCCUGCUGGGUAUCUGGUGGCCAUGAGGCAAAAUGUCCCUAUGCCUCUGACCCGCAGCAACUUGAGCGCAAAACUGUACUUGUUUCCGCGAUCGCGGCUAUCAUUAUUCUUAUUAUCACAGCCUUGACUUUCUUUGUCAAGUGUAAUGCCAACCGCCGGAACUCUCGGCGCAGAAAGCGUGUCAUUGAAGGAUGGGAAUAUGAGGGUGUACCUUCAUAA